UGGAGUGGGGUCCUCGGCCAGGCCACGUGGUCUCGCCAGGUCUCUCCGCCUCCUGCUCCUCACCCCAUUUUUGUUUCCACUCCGUGUCCGCGCCGAGCAUGGCGGACUUUGACGACUACGGCGACCGAGCCUACAGCAGCUUCGGCGGAGGCAGAGGGUAUGGCGAUCGGCGAGGAGGUAGGGGAGGAGGAGGAGGCGGCGGCGGCCCUGGUGGUAGGGAUGGGCCGCGGCGACAGAAGGAUCUACCCACGGAGCCCCCGUACACCGCGUACGUGGGAAACCUGCCCUUCAACACAGUGCAGGGGGACAUCGACCAGAUCUUCCAGGACCUGCGUGUCCGCAGCAUUCGCCUCGUACGCGAUCGGGACACUGAUAAGUUCAAAGGCUUUUGUUACGUGGAGUUUGAUGACAUUGAAUCCCUGCAGGAAGCCCUGACCUACGAUGGAGCGCUCUUCAUGGACCGGUCUCUGAGGAUUGACGUGGCCGAAGGCCGCAAGCAAGAGAAAGGAAACUUUGGUGGGUUCAGAGGUGGUCGUGAAGACAGAGGUGUCCGAGAUGACGGCUUUGGCGGCGGCGGCGGCGGUGGCGGCGGCGGCAGCUUUGGAGGCAGCUGGGGUGCCGGUGCCGGAGCCGGACCCCCUCGCGAUGGCGCGCGAGGCAUGGGCAUGGGGAUGAGUGGCGGUGCCCGGGGAAGGCCCAGCGACAGGCGUGACGGACCCCCCGGAAGCUUCAUCGGCGGCGGCGGUGUCGGCGGCGUUGGCGGCGGCGGCGUUGGCGGCGCCGGCCCCCCACCACGCAGGGGCGAAGGACCCCCGCCUCGCGGAGGCGCCAGCUUCGACUUCCGGGAGCCCACCGAGGAGGAGCGAGCGCAGAGGCCGAGGCUGCAGCUGAAGCCGCGCACCGUGGCCGUGCCACUGAACCAGGUGGCCAACCCGCAGUCGUCCAUCUUCGGAGGUGCACGUCCACGCGAGGAGAAGCCUAGCGAGGAGAAGCCAGAGGCGGAGGAAAACUGAUGUUUGCCGUCGUAACUCACUCGCGCGUCCUCACGCCCAUCGUCCCUUCAUGGCAGCAUCCUUACAGCCACCCAAACCCACCCAGCGCCACCCAGCCCCCUCUUCCUGACCCCCCCCCGACCCACCACCCCCUUCCUCUCCCCGACAUCGGCAGUCGUUCUUAGCCUCGACGCAAAUUAUCCCUCGUUCAGAGCGGAGGAUUUCCCUUUUUUUCUUGCUUAAAGAAGAGAAAACUUUUAAAAAAACACUCGAUCAAAUGAAAUUAAAAAAAGCAGCUGAUCCUAAAGCAGUCGGUGAAUCAAUUUACCUUAAUCAACACUCUCCCUGUCGCUGCCAUUGUGGUUUAAACAUGUGGUGUAUAAUGGUGGCGUACGUCUUGUAAAAAAAAGAAAUACAAAAGAAAAAAACCCAAUAAGGUUAUUAAUAGUAAUAUUAAUACGUACUCCAGUGUUAGUGUGAACUGGGGAGGGGGGUGACUUCAGUCACUGUCAUUCACAAACCUGCCUGUCUUCACCCCUCCUGCCAAACAGAGCUUUGGAAGUUAUAAUGGCAAUGAUUGAUAGUGGGACUUAAUUUCUGCAGAUUAUGUAGAAGAAGAAGAAAAAAGCGCAGCCCGCUGUUGGCAAUUUCCUUUCGUUUAGUCGCUGCUUCGUUAAAGACAGUUGACGGGAACGGUGCAGGCAGUGUUCAACUAAAGGUUGCUUUCUCUCGCGAAUUGAACGUGCACAGGCUUAAAAGUGCAUGGGCAUUCACAAGAUACAUCACUAAACUGUGCUGCUGCAGUAGAACUGGAGGCAAAGUUCUCGCCCUCAGCAUGGCGGUUUAGUGCUGCAUGGCAAGACAAUAUAAGCGUGAUUAUUUUUUUUUCUUUGCCUCAAUUCCCCUUCUUUACCCUGCCCUUUAAAGUCACUGUCUACCCUCCUCUCGCCCCUCCUUACCUCCCCCACCACCACCGCGAAACCCUCCACCGGUGCACUAUGUGCCGAUGACGACAUACCUUGCCGUUAAUAGAUUUUUAGAACUGCUUGCAUUGGUGUGCCGUUUUAAGAAUUGAUUUCAAAUAAACUUUGUUUUUUUUUAACCAAACGCAUUUACAAACUCAUCCCGCCAUAAUGCUGUCACCUUGCCAAUCAAAAGCUGGCAUCCGGAGGGGGGCGGGUGGGGGGUGACCGCACGAUUUAUCGCUGUGGAAACCUCACCUGGCGAGGCGGUGGCGAGCCAUCACGAUCCUAGUUCAUAGAAAUAAAGGGGGCAGGUGUGGGGAGGGGGGGGCAUCAUUGAUUCAACUUAAAGUGGUUCUGUUAUAGCAAUAGCGAAGCAGCUCCUUUGCAGAGCCUGUCCAAGGUCAUGUAAGGAUGUAUUAUUAUUAUUUUGUAAUUGGCUACCGCACUGCAUCACCACAUGUGACCCGUCGAUGGAUUGCCAUUUGAGCUGCGGGUGUGUCCGAUGUGUGGAGGGGGGCACCGCGAGACUUGCUGCUCUAUCGAUGAAGUGGGGUGCGAUCGUGUGCGCCGUCGCUGCAUGCGUUGUCGUACGGGCGGGCAGCAGUGGCACCCAGCCGAGUACCGAUGUAGCCGCCGAUGAACUGCUGUGGAAGACGUGGAUUUGGAGUUCUGUUCUUUGGCUCUAGGGUUACCAAUAAAACAACUUAAAAAAAAAA